AUGUUCAGACAUCAACCUGGAGGAUCCAGAAAUAUUUAUGAACAAGGGGGAGGUUCUCGUGCAAGUGUUAGUGGUGGUGAAAGGCCUGAGGAUAUUGCUUUUGCUUUGAGGUCUACAGAUAUUAGUCUUGCCAGGACAAAAAGUAUGAAGCAACCGAAAAUUAAGCCGGGUAUAAUGAAAACAUUAAGGAAGAAUCUUGGAGUAGCAGUAAGCAAGUUUAUUAUUUAUGAACGCUUACCCAUGAAUUUGUCUAACUCUCCUUGGCUACACAAUUUGAUAGUUGCAGCUGCUGAAGUUGGAAAAAAUGUUAAAUGUCCAACACCUUAUGAAGUUUCUGAUGUUUAUUUAGAAGAGGAAUACAAUACCAUGCAGAAAUGGAUAAAAACUUUGAGAGGCACAUGGAAAGAUAAAGGUGUGACAAUAAUGUGUGAUGGUUGGACAGAUGGUUUGAAUCAUACACAUAUUAUGAAUUUUCUGGUUUAUAGCAGUAAGGGGACAGUUUUCUUGAACUCUAUUGAUGUUUCUGGUGCAGCGACAAGAGACACUAAUUUUUACUUCCAGUUGUUAGAUAAAAUUGUUGAAGAGGUGGGAGAAGAACAUGUAGUUCAAGUGGUUACAGAUAAUGAAGCAACAUUAAAAGCAGCUGGUCAUAAGCUAAUGGAAAAGAGGCCCCAUCUGUAUUGGUCUGCAUGUGCUGCUCAUUGUUUAGAUCUUUGCUUGGAGGAUAUAGGGAAAAAGAAAAAUGUGCAGGCUGUAUUGAAUGAUGCAAAGACUGUGACUAAUUUUAUCUACAACCACAUAUGGACUGUGAGUCUCAUGAAACAGUUUACAAAUGGUAGAGAAAUUGUCCGGCCUGGUAUUACUCGGUUUGCAACACAAUGCUUACAGCUUCAAGCAAUUCUGAAACAAAAGGAUGGCUUGACCAAGAUGUUUGACUCUCAAGAAUUCAAAAGAUCUAAGUUUGGGAGAGAUAAAUCUGGUGCUGCAUUUGAAGCCCAAAAAAUUGUUAAUGAUAAAGAAUUCUGGGCGAAGUCUGCUGACAUACAAAGAAACAUUUGA